AGUAUCUUAUUUUGUGAUUGUCCCGGUUAUUUUUUUUUCAUUUAAAAUAUUUUUAUUCUUCUUUUCUUUUGUAAAUUGUUUGCUUUAUUUUUAAUUAUCUUCUGAUAUGGAAGAACGCGAAGAUGUAAUAGAUAAAAUGAAAGAAAGAUUGGAUGACUGCCGUCUAUGUUUCAGCUCUACAAAUGUUACAGUUCAUAUAGGGCAGCAUUUGGAAAAAAAUACAUCAAUUGUCGAAAAAAUUCAAUACUGUACUUCAUUAAUCGUGAAAGUGGGUGAUAAUUUUCCUCAAAAUAUUUGUACAACUUGUGCUGAAAACUUAGAUUUUAUCUACAACUUUAAAAGUAAAGCAAUAGCUUGUGAUCUGGAAUUAUCAAGGAACGUCCACAAAGACAUACAUUUUACUUAUAUUCAAGUAUCAGAUGAUCCAUUAAAUAUUACUUACAAAUUAGACUUAGAAGAACAAGAUUCUUCAGCUGAUCUAUUUGAUAGUUGCUUAUAUAACAUAGUGGAUGGUGAUGAACUAACGAUUKAACCGGUCAAUGUUACAAUUGAUACAAAUAGCAAAAAUACUGUGCACAUUGACGAGAAUACAAGUACUAUUAAAGAAAUCAUAAAUAAUGAUAACAAUGAGUCGGAUAUUAUUACUAAAAAACUGAAUGGAAAUUCGAACAACUAUCAAGGUUCAAAAACUAACGAUCAAAAGAAAAGUACAUCAGUUAAUUUAAAACGUAGCUUAGAUAAUUCUUUAUUUGAAAGUCAAAAACAUAAAUCAAAAAAAAUAAAGAAUGAAAAUGAAAUGGACAAUGAAAAACCAUUGGUUAUUGUUAAAAAUGGAAAAGUUGUAUUUAUUUGCGGUGAAUGUAAUUUUGAAGCAGAAUCUAUGAUGUUCCUAGUUAGUCAUCGAGCUCGCUUUCAUUUAGAUAUAGGUAGUUUUAAGUGUUCAGAAUGUCCAACUCAUUACAAAACUUCAGGAUUGCUUAAGCGACACAUUUCAAUGCAUCAUAAUGUUACCCAUAUCUGUAAAUAUUGUGAGAAAAGAUUUUCGAACAAACAAAGUCUUGAUCGUCAUACCAAUUGCCAUCAUAAUGAAACUCCAUUAGAGUUUCAAUGUGUCACCUGCAAUGCUUAUUUUGAUACCUUGGACAAAAUGGAAGAUCAUUUAGUUGUACAUUAUACAAGUCCUUCAAAUUCAUUUAGCUGUAAUCAUUGUGAUCGUAUAUUUACAACAUACGCUGCAAAAAACAAACAUAUUGAUCUGGAGCAUAUGAUUGAAAUUGAGUGUGGCAUUUGCCAUGUUGUUUUACCAACUAAAGAAGCUAUGGAUAAACAUAAUAAUUCUGUACAUCAACCUAAAAAAAAGGAAAACAAAAUGUAUGAGUGCACUACAUGUGGAAAAUAUUUUUCUGGUAUUAAAGAAGUUUUAAGUCAUAGAGAAACUCAUUUAUCCAAAAAAGUAUAGUUUAAUAUUAGCUUGAUAUUAUUAUUAUUAUUUUAUUUUUUAUUUUUUAUUUUUUAAU